AUGUCACAGGCAUCGAACUUGACCAAACUCCAGGCAGAGACCAAAUGUAACAUCUGUCAUGAUGACCUGCAAGACCCUGUCACCACAGAAUGCGGACACAACUUCUGUCAUACCUGCCUCACGUCCUUCAGUGAAGAUCCACAAGGUGGGUUCUCCUGUCCUGUCUGUCGACAGCCAUGCCAAGUGAGGAAUCUCACAUCCAAUGUCCAGCUUGGGAGCAUGGUUGAAAUGGCCCAGCAGCACCACAGCGAGACGAACAGGAACAACAGUCAGGAGACCAGCACUCGAUGUGAGCAGCACAACCAGGUUCUGACCUUCUUCUGUGAGGAGGACCUGCAGCUGCUGUGUGACCAGUGCAUCGGGCCUGGGAGCCACAGCAGCCAUCAGGUGACCCCCGUUGCAGAGGCUGCCUCUCAGAACAGCGAAAAGUUUUGCGGUUUUAUUAAGUCCAUCAAGAGGAACAUAAUAGAGAUUCAAGACUUAAAAGACCUUCAAAGUGAAAGAAUCAAGGCCUUGAGAAAGAAGACAGAAGCCCAGAAGCAAGAACUGACAUCUGAAUUUGAGAGGCUCAGCCGGUUUUUAGAUGGAGAACAGCAGAAAGCUUUCUCCAGGUUAAAGCAAGAGGAGAGGGAUCUCAAGCAGAAACUUAGUGAAAACAUAGCAGCAUUAGAACACUAUAUUUCCACAGCCAGCAGUCUCAGGAGCAAUGCGGAGAAGAACAGGAAGCUCUCGGAUGUAGAAAUGCUGUCGACAGUCAAGGACUUCUACCAGAAAUCUGAGAGUCUUUGCAGCCCCGACAUUGUCCCAGCUCAGAUAGGAAGAGAAGCCUACAACUUUCCUCCUCAGUAUUCAGCUCUGCAGAAACUGAUACAGCAAUUUACAGUUCAGGUAACUCUAGACCCAGAAACAGCCCAUCCAAACCUGCUUGUGUCUGAGGAUAGAAAAUGUGUCACAUUGUUAAAGAAAAGACAAGGUCUUCCACGAUCUUCAAAAAGGUUUACCAGGAGUCGUGUUGUGUUGGGGAUUCCAAAUUUUAAUUCCGGGAGACAUUACUGGGAGGUGAAGGUGGGAAAGAAGCCCGAGUGGGCUAUUGGUAUCUGCCAAGCCAAUCUGCCCCCUGGAGCAAGAUGGUCCUCCUCUGCCCCUCUGGAAUGCUGGAGGAUCCUCUGGCAGGGUGACUGCUUUGUGGUCUCAGGAGCUGCUGACCCAAACUCUAAGCUGAAGGUCACAACACCCAGAACCAUUGGCGUUUUCCUGGACUAUGAGCUGGGAGAGGUCUCCUUCUACAGCAUGCCUGAGAAAUCUCACAUCUACACUUUCAGGGACACUUUCACUGAGCCCGUUUGCCCUUAUUUCCACCUGAAACUUCAUUCAGAACCACUUAGGCUGUGCUCUGCCUCAGAUGGACAGGAGCGGCUGUCAGAUUCCCUGUCAGGAGCUGGAGGUAGAGCAGGCAGUGUGAGCCACCUGACACAGGUCCUGGGGACGGCCGCAGCCUGGAGGUGCACAUACAAGAUUAACAUGUUGAAAGUUUCAAGGUCAGAAGACAAAUUUCAGGAGUUGGUUUCUCCUCCACCAUGGGUUGGUUCCCAGGCUCAAAAUCAGGUCAUCAGCCUUAUUGAACAAGCACUUUUCAAACUGAACCAUCAUACUACCACUAUGUGCUCUGGAGAACAAACCAGCAAACAAACCACAACAGAUUUUCCCUCACCUGAUCUGCCCUCACUCAUACCAAAUGCCCAUGAGACUCUAGAAGAAAACAGGGAGCACCAGGAACGAUGUCUUCUCUCAGCAGCUGACUGUGGCAAGAACGGACUGGUUUGA